AUGGAUGUACCUCACAAUGACUUGCGCUGGAGUGGUGGAGAUGAAGAAGAAAGAUCCUGGAGGAUGAAUAUUCUUCAGAUAAAUCUUCAGCACUCUAAGGCGGCGUCCGCCAACCUACUUAUCCACCUUGAGCAAGAUGAAGCUGAUAUAGUCCUGAUUCAGGAGCCGUGGCUGAGCAGCAACGGCAUUUCUGGGCUCAGGACGAAAAGCUACAAACUGGUGGCGUAUAGCAGGACAGGUAAACCAAGAUCCUGUAUACUCAUCAGGAGGGAACUUAACGCAUUUAUUUUGCAUAAUUUCAGCAAUGAAGACAUUGUGACGGUGAGUCUGGAGGGCCCGGCUGGAAAGCUGUGGCUGAUGUCCGUAUAUAUGGCACAUGAUGACGAGGUGGAAUCACCUCCGGCGCUGCUAAGGGAAACCCUGGCUGAAGCAAAACGCAGGAAAAUCGGCGUUAUCAUAGGCACUGACGCGAACUCCCAUCACACCUGCUGGGGAAGUUCUAACAUCAAUGCACGAGAUCUGGAGAAACGAGUGCAGCGGAAUGCACGCAACAGCUUCCCGUGUAAACAAAUAAAAGAGUACGCACAGGAAUGA